AAUGCGCUGUGAUACACAUCAAUGAUUCCAAUGAAAUAUCUCUACAAACGUAGAAAAUACGUGAGUGAGUUUUCAGGCAGCAUCGAUCACGCUCAAACUUAAUUGGUAAAUUCAUCCAUAUGUUGUUGAAAUUGUCAAAAUUGUUACUAGUGUAGGCCAACUAACUCUUGCGUUAACUCGGACAAUCUGACUCAACACUAAAGUCCGCCUUCAUAGUGGUUGAGACUAUGGAGUAUAUUAAUCGUCUGCCGUUUGACGAUUUCAUCGAGCUUUUCGGCAAUGUGAUUGAGCGUGGAAAGAUAGUAGCGGGUGCGAUAUGGGCGCGGAGACCGUUUUAUGAUGCUGGCAACAUCUGGGAGGCCGUGUGUGAAUUCCUAGACGCAUUGCCGUUGCAAGGUAAAGUGGCAACACUUCGCUUGUACCCGGACCUUGCGGGGAAGCUAGCCCAAUCAAAUCGUCUGGGUGAUGAGUCCCAUCAGGAACACCGUACUGCCGGCUUACUGGCACCACCCACGGCCGACGAGACGAGACUCCUAACCGCGAUGAACACGAAGUACCGAGAAAAGUUCCUGUUUCCUUUCAUCAUAUCCGCCAGACAAAAUGCGAUCCUGUCAGAAAUGAAGGCUAGGAUGCAGAAUACGAGGGAAAUCGAACUUGAGAACAGUCUGGAGGAAGUCAAGAAAAUAGCCUGGCAUCGGAUUGUUGAUUUGAUUCGAAAUCAGUCUGAAGUACUGACUUCGAAGUACUGAGUGGGGCUAAGUGGUGAAGGAGGCAAAACUUAUACUAACUUUGGGGUUUGUGUCUCAGUUAAUGUCACUCUUUUUAAUUUAUCGCGUGACGAUAUUGGUGUGGAAGAUCUAGAACGUAUCAUGGGGGUUGUAGGCCCCUAUCUUUUCAUAGUUUUUUUUAAUUAUUUUUUUCCCUAUUAGUAUUAGUAUUAAAUAAAAGGGAGCAAAUUCAACGUGCUUGUCUGGUUUUAACCGAGUCCUUUCAAAAACCGGCUAUCGGCCUUGACGCGGAUAAUGGACCGAGCCGAAUGUCAGUGUGUCCGCAAUCAGGACCCAUAGCCGGUUUAAUUAAAGGUACUUGUUAACGCCGGCCAAGCACAUAAUUUUAUUUAGUCACAUUCAUAAAUACCUUACGGUCAAAAAAGUCAUGGGGUGCAUUCAUUCAACAGUUUGGCAAUGUCGUUGAGCAUGGAGGAAUGGUUGUCGGCAGCAUUCGACCGUGGGCCCAAAAUCCUAUCUCGCCUAGAAAGUCCGAUAAAAAUUUCUGGUGGUAACAAAAAAAAUUGCUUGUUCUUUGUCAAUUCGAGGGUGCUGAAUUCAAUUCUUUCUGUUGCCAAGCUCUCAGUUGGCACGUUUAAGCACAAUCUUCGUCCGAAUUGUUAUCUCAA